GCUGAAUGACAACUUUUACUGCUUUGAAGGAGUUCAGUAUGUAAAUAUCAUAGACAUAUAGGAGCUCUACGUCAUUUCUCUGCGUACACUGGAGUCACGUGGGUCUACGCAUACGUGUUUAUGGCCGGAGUCACCGUGCUGCGAUCCCUUUAAACGCAGGGCGGAGAGUCGACUUCCGAUCCCCCGCGGAGUCGAUCGCGCCUGCACUUUUCUGCGUGCGCCGCCGCUUCCAUCGCCAGCCCAGCUGAUCUGGAGGAUUUCCCUUCGCUGGGGGGGGAGAAACGAACCGAGCCUUUCCGCCUCGCUUCCACCGGGCACCAUGGACUUCAACGUCAAAAAGCUGGCCUCCGACGCCGGCGUCUUCUUCACCCGGGCCGUGCAGUUCACUGAGGAGAAGCUCGGCCAGGCGGAGAAAACUGAGCUGGACCCUCACUUGGAUAACCUGCUAAUGAAGGCAGAUGGCACCAAAAACUGGACCGAGAAAAUCUUGAGACAAACUGAGGUUCUCCUGCAACCUAACCCAAGUGCUCGAAUAGAAGGGUUCAUUUAUGACAAGCUGGACAAAAAGCUUCCCUCCAGGAUGACGAACGCAGAACUGUUGGGCCAGUUCAUGUUGGAUGCAGCCUCCGAAUUUGGUACAGAGACUCCAUACGGCAGCACCCUGAUCACUGUAGGAGAGUAUCAGAAGCGACUGGGCGGAGCGGAGCGAGAAUUCCUCCAUACCUCCGCUUCCUCCUUCCUCUCUCCUCUACGCAACUUCCUGGAAGGAGACUGGAGGACUAUAUCGAAAGAGAGGCGGCUCCUCGAGAAUCGACGACUGGAUCUUGACAUCUGCAAGGCUCGCCUGAAAAAGGCCAAACAGGCAGAAGCGAAAGCCGCCAAUGCACCAGAUUUUCAAGAGACAAGACCGCGGAAUUAUGUUCUCUCUGCCAGUGCAUCAGCGCUGCUGAGUGAGGAAGUCGACAAAGCAGAACAUGAACUGCGCGUCGCUCAGACGGAGUUCGACCGACAAGCUGAGGUCACUCGGCUGCUGCUGGAAGGCAUCAGCAGCACACACCUCAACCACCUGCGUUGUUUGCAGGACUUUGCAGAGGCUCAGGCCACUUACUAUGCUCAGUGUCACCACUACAUGCAGGACCUCCAGAGAGAGCUCCACAGAUGUUCUAACACCGCUGGCACUUCCCACUCGACGGCCGCUGGCUGUCCCAGCCCCGUGUCCUCCGCUCUGCCGCCUGGGCUCUCCUCCCCCGGGACCACCGUGGCCCCUUCGUCCAGCGAGAGGUCCACCACGCUGGCCAUGGAGAACAGCCAGCUGCCCGUCACAGGCACCCGGAAGGCCAAGGUCCUGUACGACUACGACGCCCACGACGCAAACGAGCUCUCCCUUUUGGCCGAUGAGCUUAUUACAGUAUACACUGUGCCAGGAAUGGACCCGGACUGGUUGGUUGGAGAGAGAGGAAACCAAAAGGGCAAAGUACCGGUCACAUACCUGGAACUGCUGAGCUAAAGGUUCCAGCAACAUGCGCUCUUAGGAUAACCUCUUUUUUUUUUGUUUCUUUUUUUUUGUUUCUCACUCAUGAGCAUGUGGUUCUGUCGGCAAUUAUCAUGAAAGGAAAUUGUAGCAAACUUGUGUAAGUGUAAGGUCAUUAGUUUAAAAUAAAGUGGCCGUUCAUAAGCAAUUUCCUCCCAUUCCAUUUCCCGUUGUGUAUCCUGAGAAUGAGAACAAAAUGUGAAGUCUGUGUUUUGUUUGUUUUUUUGGCACAGCAUAUUGUCCGUUUUUGUGUGAAAAUUUUGACACUUUUUUUUUCUCUCUAUGUCCAAAAUAAAAGAUAUUCUAGUAUAUUGUAAUAAAGAUGAUUCCAGUCACUACUCAACACAAGGGUCUUAACUUGAAAUCAGCAUUUUGCUGAAGCCACUAUUCAUUAUUUUACUUCAAUCCCUCCAUUUUUUUAAUCUAUUUUUUUCUAACCCUUUUUUCCAAACCAGGGGAUAGAGGUGGGUUACACCCUUAACUGGUUUAUAGUACAUCAUAGUUCUCCUUUCUGCCUAAAAGGGCUUAAAGGUGGGAUUAUGGUACUGUGUUAUUGAUAAAUUCUUAAAGAUUCAGAUCUUUGACUCUAAGUUUGCACUUUUAUGGCUAGUUUCUGUAGAGUGAGAACUACAGUUUUUGUUACGUUGUUAAAGGCAGGAGUUGAUGGACACCUUAGUAUAGCUAAACUAUUCAGCCUCCUAUAAAUGUUUGUGCACAGGCUGGAAUUGUCCGAAAUAAAAGACCUGUUAAAUGUUGAAACUGAAGUUUUAGCUGGAGGAAGUGUUUGCAAGUGUUAAAUACCACUUUCUUCUUAUGUAGACAAAACAUACUAGUGUUAAGCAUGACAUUUAUGUUUUUUUUUGUUCCGUUUUUCUUUUCAGCAACUAAUGAAUUUGGAAUGUGGUGUCGUAUUUGGCUAAAGAUUUUCAUUUCCUAUCUGAGGACGUAUGAUGCAACUUGUAAUUAGGAUUUGUUGGGUGACUUUGAAGAGAUCCAAGUCAUACUUAUGUCUGACAUAAGAUUUUCCAAUAUAACGAUGUGUGCCUACAUGAUGGAUCCCAGAUUUCACAAUCAUCUCAGUAGUGACAACUCAUUGUUUUUUGUUUUUUUUUCCUAGAAUACGUUUACUGUCUUGGAACGUCUUUUUUUUUUUGUAGUUAACUUACCACAGACUGUUCACAACACAUUUACUUUAAUUGAAUCCAUAAGCACUGACCAUGGUGAUUAGUUGUUUAAUUAAAAAAAAAUAAUUACAAAAUCAUUUCAACAUUUAGCAAAUUUUCAAAACUGUAAAUUUAUGAAUUUAGUUAACUUUAUCUGGUCAGGAUUUGCAUGUAAACUUUCCAUAAACCUAAUUUGACAUCAGUUUUUCAAUCCAAAUCGAUCCAUCAAGGCUUUACAAUCAGGCUUUAUAGCGAAAAUUGAAUUAUUACAUUUGUUCCUCUUGGAAAAACCCAAUGCUUUGUAUUUGUGCAUAUUUGUGGAAAAGAGGUUGAGGUUUAAAUUUGUUUUUCAGUGUGUGCGUUUUAAAUUCAUACAUGUUAAUUUAUAGUGUUUUUAAAAUGUUUUUAUUUGAACGACAUAUGCAGAUGUCCGACUGAGAUCCCAUUCUCACCUUAUAACUUAUGGUGUAAUGUGCAAUAAACAAGUGUGUCACAGCAA